UGAAUUGAAUGGGUUUAAGGAAGAAAGUGUGGAGUUAAGGUGUAGCAUAUAAACAAUAUUGUGAUUGUGUCUGAAGUGUGAUGGUCGCUCCAUAAUGUUACCAAGCUACUGUCCAGUUUUGCAUUCUGACGAGAACCAAAAAUGAGUGACUCAGAAGAGAAACGACAAAAUAUUAAAGAAAUACCUGGCUUUUACUAUGACACAGAAAAAAAGAGGUACUUUCGAAUUACAAAAGACCAUCCUAAGCCUGCAAUCAAAGCUUGUAAAUCUGAGGUAAUCAAGACAGAAAAACAGAAACAAAAAAGGCAUUCCAACAUGCACUGCAAAAUUUUGGAGGAAAGGGAGAUAUGUGGAACAAACAUUCGAAAGUUCAAAAGGAACAUGAGAAGAUCUUCAAUUGAAUGCAUCAACUUUGAAAAGACUAAAGGGAUAAAAUUGCACCUUGAGGAAGCAAAUUUAAAAGACAAGGUCCUCAUUACAAAAAUUAUUCCAAGCGCAAGACAUGAUGUUCUAGCAAUUGUCAGCAAGAUCAAAGGUUUUGAUAAAUCCAUGCUUCAAAUAUAUGAUUUUCAGUUCAGCAAAGAAAUGAAAUUUGAAUUAACCAGUUCUUAUGAUAUAUCGAUUGCACAAAUAACUGAUACAGUCUUUGCAACCAACACUAGAAGCUUCACAAAUGAACUUUUAAUUUCAUCAGUAAGCGAGAGUUUAGGUGUCAGUCAGGCACUCAUCUUCUGGGUAGAUGAUUUUCUUGUCACUGACAGAGUCGUUAAAAUGAGGAAAGGACAUAAUAUUUGGUCUUCAUGUUUUGUGCACAAUCCAUGUACACGGACAAGAUUUGCCCUAGGGUUGACAAACGGCAUUCUUUUGGUGGGUCCAGAAGGCAGAACGGAACAACAUCCUUUUAUUAGAACAAGCAAAAGUGACGUAUUAUCUCUUGAUGGUGGAAAGGCGCCGUAUUUAUAUUCUGGCUCCAGGGAUGGUUACAUUCGCAGUUUUGACUUUCGAGCAUUCAAGGUCGCUUCGUCUGUAAGAGCAAAGAAAUCAGUAGACAACGUCAAAAUAUUGAGCAAUCAGACACAUCUGAUAGUUAGCACUAUGGCUGGGCAUCUUGAAUUGUGGGAUAUACGAAUGUGGAAAGCAGUGUUGUCGUACAGUGGCCACGCAAACACUCAUUCUCGCCUUUCGCUUCACUUGGACAGCAACGAAAACUUCCUUUCAUCAGUUGGAGAAGACUGUGUUGCCAGAAUUUGGGAUGUACGAACCGCAGAACUAUUAAGAGAGUUUCCAAGUAUUCGGUUUGAUGAACGGGAAGAUCCGAUCAGGCCCACGGUCCUUUUUCUUGACCAGGACACUAACCCGUAUAUAAACAGCGGAUAUUUGUAUGGAAUCAAAGAGGAAUUAUUUUAUUUCAAAUUAAAUCCUUGACUUCAAGCUAGCCGUUAUUACUUGCUUGUUUUCAUAUUAUUUCCAAUUUUUCCAAGAGCGAUGUCCACCUUACACAUCUCACAAGGGGCAGGAAAUAGCGUAGAAAUAAUUAGGAUUACG